AUGCGGCUAAUCCUUGUUGUCCUGAUUUUCUUCACGGGAACAGUACUCUCGAAACACCGUGAAGAGAGGCGUUUCGAUCGCUCUGUUUACGAUGAUUUUGAAACGUCGAAUGUGCACCAUCGUUUAAUAAAAAAACAAUGGACAUUUACUGACGAUGCAACGCGCUUUAGAGCAUACAAAGACAGAGAAGAAAACAAUUGUUAUAUAGAGAAACUAGAAGAAAAUGCCGUUACAGAAGAGCUUUCAGAAUAUAGCAACCAAGAACGGAAAUACAUGCCAAAAGUACUUUAUGCACCUACUGAAGCCUUAACAAAAUUCGAGGCAUGGCAAAUUGCAGGGGGUAGAAUAGUUGAUUUUUGUAAUGGACGCAAAAUUGUUUUACUGCAAAACACUAUGCUGAUUCCCGGACUAGAGCUAGAUCCUUUUUUUAAUACACUUCCUCUAGAUGAAAAUGAUAUCGUAGCAAGAAGAGUGGCUGACGUAGUUUUAACGCCUCUGAUAAGUCGAGCUAAAAGGCAACUCGUACUUGAAGAAAGACAAAGGCUUAAUGAAAAUUUUCGGCAAAAUCGUUUCCGUCGACAGGUACAACUGCCGGGAAAAUUUCAAGGGCAAACACAAUCUCAAUAUUUAAACAUUAAUGAUAAAGAUCAAACGGAAGGAAAAGCCGAAGCAGAAGCUUUCCCACACUCUUCUCGUGCAGCUGUUAGUGGAAGUCAUGGUAUGGGUCAAGCACAGAGUACGUCAUUAGGCAUUGGAUGCGAAGAUUGCUCAAAAUACACUAGUGAAGGAACUCCAGAUAGAUAUAUCCAACAUCCAGGCGCAAGUCCUGGUAGAAUUUCACUGCCAAAAACAACAAGCGGGACCACAGGAACAUUAACUGGUGGAACUAAUGUUCAUCCUGGUAUGAUUACUCCUGGAAUGGGUACAACUUAUCCCGGUAAAAUUACACCAGGUAUAACUAAACCUACAGGUGAAGUGCUCUAUCCUGGUAGAAUACCUGGUAGUACAACUGGAGGUCAUAUGGCUUAUCCUAGUAAUAUUCCCGGUACUACAACAAUUGGAGGUGGUAUAAUUUAUCCUAGUAGUGUACCUGACACUACUAUAACUAACGGUAGAGUAGUUUAUCCUGGUAUUGUAAUGACAGGAGGUGAGAUACGUUAUCCUGGAACUCCAACUACAGGAAGUCGCACUACUUACCCUGGAAAUGUAGGUGGUACAACAACUGGUGGUGGUACAGUGUAUCCUGGAGGAGGAGUUGGCCCUCCAGCUGGAGGAACUGUUCCUUAUCCUGGUGGUAUACCUGGUGGUACAACUGGAGGUGUAGUUUAUCCUGGAGGAGGAGUUGGCCCUCCAGCUGGAGAAACUGUUCCUUACCCUGCUGGUGUACCUGGUGGUACAACUGGAGGUGUAGUUUAUCCUGGAAGAGGAGUUGGUCCCCCAGCUGGAGGAACUGUUCCGUACUCUGCUGGUGUACCUGGCGGUGCAACUGGAGGUGUAGUUUAUCCUGGAGGAGGAUUUGCUCCCCCAGCUGGAGGAACUGUUCCUUACCCUGCUGGUGUACCUGGUGGUGCAACUGGAGGUGUAGUUUAUCCUGGAGGAGGAGUUGGUCCCCCAGCUGGAGAAACUCUUCCUUACCCUGCUGGUGUACCUAGUGGUACAACUGGCGGUGUAGUUUAUCCUGGAGGAGGAGUUGGUCCCCCAGCUGAAAGAACUGUUCCUUACCCUGCUGGUGUACCUGGUGGUACAACUGGAGGUGUAGUUUAUCCUGGAGGAGGAGUUGUCCCUCCAGCAGGAGGAACUGUUCCUUAUCCUGGAGGUGCAACUGGUACUACAACUGGGGGUGAUGGUACAAUUUAUCCUGGAGAUGUAGCUGGUCGUCAAACUGGAGGAACUGUUCCUUAUCCUGGAGGUGUACCUGGUGGUACCAUUUAUCCUGGAGGUGUACCUGGUGGUACCAUUUAUCCUGGAGGAGUAACUGGUACUGCAACUGGUGGUGGUACAGUUUACCCUGGUGGAGUUUCUGGUCCUACAACUAGUGGUGGUACAGUUUACCCUGGAGGAGUUACUGGUCCUACAACUGGUGGUGGUACAGUUUACCCUGGUGGAGUUGCUGGUCCUACAACUGGAGGAACUUACCCUGGUGGUACAACUGGUGGUGCAGUUUAUCCUGGAGGAGUAGUUGGUCCACCAGCCACAGGGACUAUUCCUUACCCUGGAAGUGGAGGAAUUGUUCCUUACCCUGGAGGUGUAGUUGGUCCUCGAACUGGAACAAUUGUUCCUUAUCCUGGAGGUGCAACUGGUGUCACAACUGGGAGUAGUGCAGUUUACCCUGGUGCAGUUGUUGGUCCUAUACCUGGUGGUGGUACAGUUUACCCUGGUGCAGUUGUUGGUCCUAUAACUGGUGGUGGUACAGUUUACCCUGGUGCAGUUGUUGGUCCUAUAACUGGUGGUGGUACAGUUUACCCUGGUGCAGUUGUUGGUCCUAUAACUGGUGGUGGUACAGUUUAUCCUGGUGCAGUUGUUGGCCCUACAACUGGUGGUGGUACAGUUUACCCCGAUGGAGUUGCUGGUCCCACAACUGGAGGAACUUAUCCAGGUGGUGUACCUGGUGGUACGACUGAUGGUAGCGCAGCUUAUCCACGAGGUUCAUUAACACCUGAAAGACUAACGCAAACUACAAAAGCAACUGCAGAUAGUACAAUAUAUCCUAAUGGUCAGAUUCCUAGAACACAAUACUACGGUGGAGAUAUUUAUUCUACAAACAGAGGUAGUAAUUUAAGGGGUGAUAUAUAUCAUAAUAUUAGUCCAUCAGGAACUUUAUCUGAUACCUUUGCAGGUGGAGAUGCUACUACAGAUACUAGAGGUGUUUAUCCUGGCGGUACUUCACCAGGUGGUCAAUUGAGGGAAACUGCUCAUUAUCCGGGCGAAGUAGUACCAGGCGCUGUAGCUAAUAGGGGUACUAUACCAGGAAUUCCUGACACUGUACCUAGUAGUGGUGUUACUUAUCCUGGUGGUACCAUACCAAGCAUGGGGGGACAUUUUACGACAGGAGAUCAUACACGAUAUCCUGGAAGUGCUUUUCCAGAAAUUACUAGACAAAAUAUUGCUCCUGGUACUAUUAAAACAGAUGUAACUUCUGGUGCUGGAUCAAUAUUAUCUUAUCCCGAUGGUACCAGAGUAAUACAAUAUCCUGAUGGAAGCAUGGUUCCAUUCCCUGACACAGGAAAAUAUCCCAACAAUCGUGGAGUAAGUCCUCCUGGCUAUCCACUACAACAAGGACAAUAUCCUGGUAUUGCACCAUGGCAUGAUAGAGGAAUUCCAACUUCAGGUCUACCUACAGAUCCUCUGUCAGGAGGAGUUAAUAGACAAGGAUUGGAGCAAUACCCAACUGAUGGACAAGGUACCAGACAACAAUAUCCAAAUUUACAAUACCUACCCAAUGUAAGACAAACAAAUACUGGAGAACCUGCUCAAUAUCAAGAACCUGGUAGUUUUCUACUUGGAGAAGGUGAUAAUUCGAAUUCUCAAGCAUCCAGUUCUGUAAAGCAAAUGGAUUCAGGUACUCAAGCGAGCGCGUCAGCUCAAGGAAAAUUUGGGCAAGGUACAUCUCAAUCCCAAGUGACAGGUACUUAUAGUGGUUCUGGAUCAUUCUCAGCUCAAGCUGGUAGUACUGACAAUAAUAAAAGUGCUCAAACGGAAAUUAGUGGUGGUAAAGAAGGUGCUGCAAGUAAUGCUCAAGGAAUGGGUGGUUAUGGAAAAAGCCAGGCACAAGUCCAGUUAAAUUCAGAGUCAGGUGCUACAACAACGGGUGCGCAAAGCAGCGGUUUGAAUCAUGGUACAAAUUCUCAGGUACAAGCAAGCUCGAAAGGUGGAAUGGCAGAUGCUCAAGCAAACGGUGAAGGAAGUACUUCAAGUCAGGCACAAAUUGGUUUUCAACCGUAUCUUAAGACAGAUGAAAAAAUUGAAAAAUAUUCGAAACCUUUCCGCGGAGGUGGAACGGCCUCCGCUCAGAGCGGAGCAUACACAGGACAAUCUCAAUCUCAGCUCGAAGGAUCCUUCCAAUAUGGAAUUACUUAUACCGGUGCUGCACAAGCAGGAUCAGGAUCUGGUGCAUCAACUUCUAGAAAACCGUUUAACUUUAAUAUUACAGAUACUGAAUUAUUUAAACCGUUUAAACCAUCUUAUAUUCCACAAAUUGCACAGAAAAAGAAUAAUGAAACAGCAAAUACAUCCUCAGAUACCGAUUAUGAAUAUAAUCAAGACAAACUUCAACAAGGUUUACAGACGAGUUCUAGUUCUCGGAAAACAGUUACUACUAAACCAACAGAUGAAAAUUCGUCAAAUACAGCUAAUAAGCUGAAUCCACCUGUUGAAAAAUCACAAACGGACGACACAUUGUACGAUUAUGAGGAAGAAUAUGAUGGUGAAGAUUAUGACGCCUCACCGAUGCAAACUUCAAUGAAUACGAAAGUUUCAAAAAUCUAUGCUGAUGAACAAGAUAGUAGUAAUCAUCAAUCACAAACAAUACAUGUUACAACUGGAAAUCAAUAUGACCUUCAUGUAAAACAGAACACAAAUCCAGCACAAGUUGGUGACAUGCUCCACCCUGGACAAUCAUUAUCAGGAUAUACUAUACCACCUGGUUUUCGUGGCAGAGUAACAUCUGUAGCAGGUAGUGAAACUAGUGCCCAUGGCGACGGAAAAUCUCAAUCUCAGACAGUUUCUUUAGUACCAAAAGAACCAAACAUGACUCAUGAAAGCAAAUCGCCCAUCUCAGAAAUAAGAUCUCUUAAAACAAAUCAUGAGAGACUAAUGGAAGGUCAUGUUUCAUCCAAAGAAAGACAAAAAAAUUAUUUCCCUCAAAUUCAAAGCCAACAAUUUUCCACAGAACAUUCAACACCUACUUCCAAUAUAUUAAUGAAACCAAGUUAUUAUACAGUAACCAAUAGUGUUGCUGGUAAAAUGGAAGGUAGAAAUUCGCCAAGAAAAUAUGAACAUCGUUAUUAUACUAAAAGUUCAACUUGUGGAUAUUUUACUUUCUCUUGCAACAUUGUGUAUGGUUCUAACGGUAGAACAAAAAUUUGCAAACCAAAAGUGCCAACAUAUCCAGACGGUACUCCUAUGAAAUGUUAG